AUGGCGAACAAGGGCGGCAGAGUAAAGAAUAGAGCGCUCGAUGCACUGGAAAUUGCCGAAGCAGAGCAGAAUAGCUUCUCGGAUACUGGAAGCGAGUCUGAGGGAGAUAACCAGAAGUUCAAGUCAGGGGUUUUGACGGUUGACGGGAAGGAUUUUGAGGAUGAAGAGCUAGACUCUGAUGAGGCCUUGGACUCGGACGACGAGUACGAUGUUUUGAGCUCCAAGUUCUCGCAAACAGUUUGGGAUAAAGGCGAGGCUGAAACGGGGUAUGACAGUAUAGACGAGAGCGAGUUGAUUCCGCUAUCGGAAGUCUGGGCUCGAGACGACGAAGAGCUGCAACGAGCCUCGGGAAAAGAGCUUGUUUUAGAUGAUAAUCAGAUUUCUGACGAAAGCAGCAGUGAUGAGAGCGACGAGAGUGAGGAGGAAGACGUUUUUGGCGAUCUGGAGGACGAAGAGCACGAGUUAUCGACUGUGAUGAGCCAGCUUCGGUCCAAGGAGAGUUCCAAGGCCCGCAAAACACUCAUCAACGACAAGACAGAAGAAAACGCAUUUCGGGUGCCUGCAUCUGGCCAGAAACUCAGUCUCGCGGAGAUGAUGGGCGACAUAGAAACCGAAAAGCCACUGCUUUUGAAUGAAAAAUCUGCUCCCGAGCCAUUAGCAGUUCCUCUUCCGCAGAGCAUACAAAAAAGACACGAGAGACGCGCAGCUUACGAAAUUCAAAAAGCGGAGGUCGACAAAUGGACAGACAGCAUUCAAGCCAACAGACGAGCAGAAGUGCUUAAGUUCCCGGCCAAAGACGGCGUCCAGCACAACCAAACGUCUUCGUUCCAGCCUGCUGAGGUUCCUCUGACGAGCCUAGAUAAGAAGCUUGACGGCUUGCUGGAGCAGUCCAAUAUCGAGAGCAAGAAAGCGGAGGAUUUGUUUGAGAACAUCGAGACUGCUAAGCUUUCGAAAGAGGAGAUGGCCAAUAGGACAAGAGAGCUCCGGCUGAUGAGAGAGCUGAUGUAUCGAGGCCAAAAAGAUGCGAAACGGCUGAAAAAAAUCAAAUCGAAAACAUAUCGACAAAAACUAAGAAAAGAAAAGCAGCGCAACAAGGAGCUCGUUGAAGGCUCCGACGCCGAAGAUGAGGACGCAGACUACAAGAGGGCGGCGGAACGAAUGUCGCUCAAGCACAAAAACACCUCAGAGUGGGCCAAGAGUAUGAUCAAGAGCGGGAUGUCUAAGGACAGAGAGAGUCGAGAUGAGCUGGAAGAGAUGCUGCGUCAGGGAGAGAAAUUGCGCCGGAAACAACUCGGAUACGACGAAGGUGAGAGCGAAACUGAUGAGCGAGACGUCGCGGAGAUUGCUGCCGAACAAGUGGAGGACGAUAUUGAGCGGUCGAAGCUGGGCAAAGGAGUCAUGGCCAUGGACUUCAUGAAGCGGGCUGAGGAGCGGGAGAGGAUAGAAAAUCAGCGACUGGCUACCGAGUUGCAGUACGGAGACGAGAGCGACGAGGAACAGGUGGCAAACGUGGUGAAGAACGCCGGAAGAAGAGUGUACACUCCUGGAGCUGCGGCAGCUGCUGAGCAGUGGAAAGUCGUGGAACAGAAAGCCAAGAAGGAAGCUGCCGAAGAUCAUGAAAAAAGCCUGGAGCGUAGACUCAAGGCCAAAAACGCCCCGAAGGAGAACAAGGAGCCUGAGCAAGCUAAUCCCUGGCUUGCGGAAGCACAGCCUACCAGAGGCCAAAAAGUCCGGAUUGUCGACGCUGACUCUUCACGUGUGCAAAAGAGCGCAGCAAAGAUCAAGAAGCGGACGCACAGGGAGGCCGAGAUGGAUGUGGAGAUCACGAUCGGUGAUACUCUGGACGACGAGCACGAAGGCGAAGCUGACAGAGAGCAGGACAUUCACAUGUUCCAACAGAAGGACCUGGUCAAACAAGCUUUUGCUGGAGACGACGUUGUCACUGAGUUUGAGCAGGAGAAGCGCGAAGUGGAGGAACUGGAAGGAGACAAAGAAGUUGACCUGACUUUGCCUGGUUGGGGCGAGUGGACCGGAGGCAACGCGAAGAGGAAGAAAAAGAAGAUUGUGAAGACAAUCAACGGCGUUGUGCCGUCUGAUAAGCGGAAGGACAGAAACAAGAAGGGAGUGAUAGUGAACGAGCGUGUGAACAAGAAAAAUGCCAAGUACCAGGCAGGCUCCAUUCCUUAUCCUUUUGAAACUAUGGAGCAGUACGAACGGUCCUUGAGACAGCCGAUUGGACAGGAGUGGACGAGUCGUGAGAUCCAUCAAAAGCUCACCAUGCCAAAGGUCAUUGCCAAGCACGGAAGUGUGAUAGCUCCUAUGAAAAAGGAGUAG